GCACCGGGAGGUGCUGCGGCGCGGGUGGCCGCCGCCAUGGGCCUGUUCGGGAAGAGCCCCGAGAAGCCGCCCAAGGAGAUGGUGUGUCCAGUGGCAGGAAGAUGGUCAGAGGAGGAUUUUGAACUGGACGUGAGGAGAGGUCUUCAGCACAGGAGCAGUCAAUGAGUGGUCCCUGAAGAUAAGGAAAGAAAUGAGAGUGAUUGAUAGACAGAUCAGAGAUAUCCAGCGGGAGGAGGAGAAGGUGAAGCGGUCGAUAAAGGACGCGGCCAAGAAGGGGCAGAGGGACGUGUGCGUGAUCCUGGCCAAGGAGCUGAUCCGCUCCCGCAGGGCCGUGGCCAAGCUCCAUGCGUCCAAAGCUCACAUGAACUCCGUGCUCAUGGGCAUGAAGAACCAGCUUGCUGUACUGAGAGUGGCAGGUUCCUUGCAGAAGAGCACAGAAGUCAUGAAGGCUAUGCAGAAUCUAGUCAAAAUCCCUGAAAUCCAGGCAACGAUGAGGGAGCUGUCCAAAGAGAUGAUGAAGGCUGGUAUCAUAGAGGAAAUGCUGGAGGACACCUUUGAAGGCUUAGAGGAUCAGGAGGAAAUGGAAGAGGAAGCAGAGACAGAAAUUGACAAAAUCUUGUUUGAAAUCACAGCCGGGGCCUUGGGUAAAGCACCCAGCAAAGUGACAGACGCACUGCCCGAGCCCGAGCCCGAAGGCGCUGCGGCGGCGGUGGACGAGGAGGAGGACAUCGAGGCCAUGCAGUCACGGCUGGCCACGCUGCGCAGCUGAGGGGGCACAGCAGCCCCCUUCUGGCCUUGGCUCUCUGGGCAGUGCCACGUCCUGGCCCACCUGCACCGUGCAAACACUCCCUGAGAAUGCUGUGUCCUGUGUAGCCUUUGUUCUCCUGGGGACUGUGUUCUGGGCUGGCACUGCUGGGGCCUGGAGAGGUGAGCUGCUGUCUGGGCCCGGGGGGGCUGUGCUGACCUGACCGUAGUGGUGCAGUGUUAAGUAUCUGUAGCUAUCAAGUCCUGAACUCGGUUUCUAGCUUCAAAGAGCAUCUUUGCCUCCAGGGCACUUUGGCUUAACCUGCUCCCCCAUCCCGGUGGUGGUGUAAGGUUUUUGUUUGCCUCUCUCACUACAGAUUUUAUUAAAGCUGCUCUCAACAGCUGC